AUGUCUGAACCAAGAAAGGCCCAAUCAGCAAUACAUGAUGGUCUUGAGCUUUACAUCCCUUCCUGCAUACUUGAACCACCUCAUUGUCAUCAUCCUCCACCACCCGACAAGCCACUUAGGAUUCGGAUACAAGGACCAUUAGAGACUAUAGAGAAGCUCUUGCCAAACGAGUCUUGGUAUCCGGUUGGGCCUUUUCCGCAACCAGGCGGCAUUAAACUCGCGGAUUUGACGCACCGGACUCUAUACGGGGAGGGAUGGGAUAAUGCGGCGAUAGCAGUACGAGAUGAGUACAACGCUUGGGUCAUGAAGAACAGAAUCCCCCAAGACCACAUUGAUUAUUACGGGGUCACGCUCGACCAUCUGGUUCCGAAAGAUGAUCCCGACCCGGAAGUACUUUGCAUCAACAUCAUUGAAGUAGACGAAGAAAACGGAGGACUUUUCGCGGAUGGAGGGAAAAUGGCGAACGAAUGUCUUCUGUUUCCCGUCGAUCCGAAAGAAUAUACAGGGAAAAAAGUCCUUGCUGUACCGAGAUGUUGUCAGAAGAAAAGGGGUACGACGGAUCGUAAAACGAUAAAUGGCCUGGUUGAGGAGAUGGAUAUCGCGCUUCAAAAUCCAGAAACAAUGUUUAAGGGGGUAGAUUGGGUUUUCGAUCGCCCUACUGCUGCAUAA